AUGGAUCAACCAGCUGCUCGUGAUGCCACGAUCAGCCUAAUGAGCCUUUAUGAGAGGUCAAGUCAAAAGCCGUCGUUCUUCAAGCUGCCAUAUGAUAAUGGCUUCGCUAUACGCCACUACAAUCGCGCUAUGAAGGAAAUUCGCUCGUUGAAAUCAGUUCACGCGGAUCAACUCGAUAUAAUCCUGAUCUCCUGUGUGCUUUUUGCUUGCAUCGAGUUUACACGGAGAGAUAUCAAUGCCGCAAUGACUCAUAUCAAACACGGUAUUGAUCUGAUGAAUGCCUCACAACAUAGAUCAAAGAUAGCGGCUAUCUUCCGAUAUAUGAGCCUCACGCCUGUAUUCAGCAUUCAAUCAAUAUGGGUUCUUCCUCUUAUUGAUCAUUGCCCGCCUUAUGAAACGCCGGAGACUUUACGAACGUUUACCGAGGUUCAGGGCUCAAUCAAUUCAAUCCAGUAUGAUGCUGUCAAACUAGCUCGAAUGAAAGGAGAAUACCGUGCCUCUGAACGUCAUACUGUGGACGCAUUUGGCGAAAUGCUACCACCUAAUAUUAUCGAGGAGCAAAAGAGACUCAAUUCAGAGGUUGAAUCAUUGAGAAAGAAAUUCGCGGAAUUCCGGGCACGACUCGCCCCUGAUCCCAAAUUGGAAAAUAUAUCUUGCAUUUUGCAGCUUAGAUGGACCAUGUUGAAGAUCUGGGCCGUUUGUCUUGGAGAAAAUGAUGAAGUUUAUGAUACGUGCAUGGAUGAUUUCGAGAGAAUCCUCAAUUUUGCACGGAAGUCUCAACUGCUCUCCACUACGCCAGGCUUCAUGCUAGAGGUCGGACUUCUCCCAUACCUCUAUUUCGUUAUCGUGAAAUGCCGAAGCCUACAGCUUCGUCUCAGGGCAUUGUCGUUGAUUAAAAAAGGGUACUCUCAUAACUACGAUAUUUUUUGGGACCCCGCGAUCAUUUUUGGGAUGAGCAAGAAGAUUUUGAGAGCUGAAUAUGGUUUCAUAAUCAAUGAUAGUCAUGCUAGCGUUCUCGAUGCGCUGCAAGACUCUCCAUUCUUUGCAGACAAUACUCGUCUCUGUCGCGACUUUGCAGUUUGGGAGCUUGAUACUCGAAUAGAUUUGCCCGAGACAAAGGGGAGAGGUUUCAUAAUAGGGUAUAUUCCCACCUCAGAGGUUCUAAAUGUCCCUGAGUGGAAAAGAGACCAUCGGCAAGUCUCUGCAUAG